AUGGCCGGAGCGGUGGCGGCGGUGGCCGCGGGAGCAGCAGCAGCGGGAGCCGCCGCGGCAGCCGUGUCGGUGGCGGCUCCGGGCCGGGCCUCGGCGCCCCCGCCGCCCCCGCCGGUGUACUGUGUGUGCCGGCAGCCGUACGACGUGAACCGCUUCAUGAUCGAGUGCGAUAUCUGCAAGGACUGGUUCCACGGCAGCUGUGUUGGAGUAGAAGAACAUCAUGCUGUUGACAUUGACUUGUAUCACUGUCCCAACUGUGCAGUUCUACAUGGAUCCUCCUUGAUGAAAAAGAGAAGAAACUGGCACAGGCACGACUACACCGAAAUUGAUGAUGGUUCCAAACCAGUGCAAGCUGGAACUAGGACUUUUGUGAAGGAAUUACGUUCUCGAGUCUUCCCAAGUGCUGACGAGAUCAUUGUGAAAAUGCAUGGCAGCCAGCUGACACAGAGAUAUCUGGAGAAACAUGGAUUUGAGGUCCCUAUCAUGGUCCCUAAGUUAGAUGACCUAGGACUCAGGCUUCCUGCAGUUACAUUUUCUGUUAUGGAUGUGGAACGUCAUGUAGGUGGUGACAAAGUGAUAGAUGUCAUUGAUGUGGCAAGACAGGCAGACAGCAAAAUGACACUUCACAAUUAUGUUAAAUACUUCAUGAAUCCUAACAGACCAAAAGUGUUAAAUGUGAUCAGCCUUGAAUUUUCAGAUACAAAGAUGUCUGAAUUGGUGGAGGUCCCUGACAUAGCCAGAAAACUUUCCUGGGUGGAAAAUUAUUGGCCAGAUGAUUCAGUCUUUCCCAAGCCAUUUGUUCAGAAAUACUGCUUAAUGGGAGUUCAAGACAGCUACACAGAUUUCCACAUUGAUUUUGGUGGAACUUCAGUUUGGUACCAUGUCCUCUGGGGUGAGAAGAUUUUUUAUUUGAUAAAGCCAACAGAUGAAAAUUUAGCACUCUAUGAGUCUUGGAGUUCAUCUGUGACCCAGAGUGAGGUGUUCUUUGGAGAUAAGGUGGAUAAAUGCUACAAAUGUGUGGUAAAGCAGGGACAUACUUUAUUUGUUCCUACAGGGUGGAUUCAUGCUGUGCUCACUUCUCAGGACUGUAUGGCUUUUGGCGGAAACUUUCUGCACAACCUUAAUAUUGGCAUGCAGCUCAGGUGUUAUGAGAUGGAAAAAAGGCUAAAAACACCAGAUCUUUUCAAAUUCCCUUUCUUUGAAGCCAUAUGUUGGUUUGUAGCCAAAAACUUGCUGGAAACCCUGAAAGAACUGAGAGAAGAUGGUUUUCAGCCUCAGACUUACCUAGUACAGGGCGUGAAAGCACUGCAUACUGCUUUAAAAUUGUGGAUGAAAAAAGAACUUGUAUCCGAACAUGCCUUUGAAAUCCCAGACAAUGUUAGACCUGGACAUCUUAUUAAAGAACUUUCUAAAGUAAUUCGAGCAAUAGAGGAGGAAAACAGCAAGCCAGUUAAAUCUCAGGGAAUUCCUACUGUGUGUCCAGCCUCACGAUCCUCAAAUGAAGCAACUUCCCCAUACCAUUCCCGACGAAGGAUGAGGAAACUUCGAGAUCAUAAUGUCCGAACUCCUUCUAACCUAGACAUCCUAGAGCUUCACACAAGGGAGGUACUCAGAAGGUUAGAGAUGUGUCCUUGGGAAGAGGACAUCUUGAGCUCUAAACUGAAUGGUAAAUUUAAUAAACAUCUCCAGCCAUCUUCUACCGUACCCGAAUGGAGAGCAAAAGAUAAUGAUCUACGAUUACUGCUGACAAAUGGAAGGAUAAUUAAAGACGAAAGACACCCCUUCGCAGAUCAGAGUCUUUAUACAGUAGACAGUGAAAGUGAAGAGGAUAAGGGAAGGACAAAAAAGGCAAAAAUGAAGAUAGAAGAGAAUUCAGGAAUAGAAGCAGUGGAGAAUGAAGAAUUUCAGAAACCCUUUAACAGGUUUUUUACAAGUGUGAAGUCAGAACUCAGGAAUCGAUCAUCAGAAUAUUCUGAUAUUUCUGAUUCGGAAGACUCUGGACCUGAUUGCACUGUGCUGAAAAAUAAUUUUACCACUGAAGAGUCUGAAAGUUCAGGUGAUGAAAAGAAACAAAAAAUAACAUCAAACUUUAAGGAGGAAUCUAAUGUGAUGAGGAACUUUCUUCAAAAGAGCCAGAAAACAUCUAAAAGUGAAAUUGCAAUUAAAAGGGAAUGUCCUACCUCGACGAGCACAGAGGAAGAAGCGAUUCAGGGCAUGCUCUCUAUGGCAGGGUUGCACUAUUCCACAUGUUUACAAAGGCAGGUACAAAGCACAGGCUGCAGCAGUGAAAGAAACUCUCUCCAGGAUCCCAGCAGCUGUCACAGCAGUAACCACGAGGAUAGGCAGCUGUACCGCUAUGAUAAACCAGUGGAAUGUGGAUACCAUGUCAAGACUGAAGAUCAGGAUUUGAGGCGUUCCUCCUGGAAUAAACAAUUUGAUACAACUUCCAGAUUUAAUCUUCAGGAUCCAAGUAGAGGCCAUAAAUACAUCAAAAAGGAAGGUUCAUCAGAAAUCAGUCAAAAGCUACAAAGUAGGAAUUCUGUGGACAGCAGUGGCUCAAACCCUCAGAAUGGAAAGUACAUGCAGAAUUCAAGCUUGGUUUCAGGGGCAUGCCAGAUAAGUCAUGGCAGUGUAAGCCCAGAAAGGCCAGUUGGUGAAACUUCCUUUUCAGUGCCCCUUCACCCCACCAAGAGACCUGCAUCAAACCCACCUCCUAUCAGCAACCAGGCAACAAAAGGUAAACGUCCAAAAAAAGGAAUGGCAACAGCCAAACAACGCCUUGGGAAGAUCCUUAAGUUGAACAGAAAUGGCCAUGCACGUUUCUUUGUGUGA